CUAUGGUGGCCAUAGGUGGGCCCGGCACACCUAGAUUCUCACCGCAGAAACCUGCUGCGUGACCCAGCAGGCCAGGCAAGAAGCCAGAGGACGGAGAUCCAGAGGGAGAUGGUACAACAGGCCCAAUGGUUGGAUGCCACCCCUGCAGCCCGGGGGGCCGCCUCGGACCCCUCCCAGGAUCAGGGCCCACAGAGUCCUGAAGCUCACCAACGCCCCCUGGCGUCCCCUAGACCAUGGCCUGCUCCGCACAGCGGCACCCUGCUCGCCGGACGAAGGGGCCACAGAGAGCAUGUGGGCAGCAGAUGUGUCCUGCCAGCCCUCCCCACCGCCCACCGGGCACUGCUCCACGGCCCCUCGAGCAGAGGCGGCACCGGGCACAGGCCCCCAGUGGUUCCGCGGGAGCCAAGGAUGGAGCCGGAAGCCUGGGGACUUAGGCAUGAACCAGCCUUGCUGUCCAAGGAUCUCUUGGCAAGAACACGCAGCCUGGGAGAGACUCAGCCUGGGCCACCCUGCGGGCACCGGUGGAGAAGUCACAGGGCACACGCCCUCCUGCCCACCCUCAUGCGUGUCCACGGGAACUGAGCGCCCGACUAACCCUCCCACUGGAGAUCGCCCUCCCCUCCCGCUCUGCCCGUGAUCUCCACGUGACCACAGCUGCCUCCAGCCUGGGCACAGGUGAGACCCCUUCAGCCUCUCCUACCACGGGGGACCCAGGGAGGAAGGCUGGGGAAGGUGGCCCCUCGGGGCCUUUGUGGGAGGAAGCAGGGAGCAGAGCAAGCGCUUUGUAGGUGACUUAAACAACCCACCCCCAGCCCUGAGACCCAGCCUGGGCCCUCCAGGGAGCGACUGAUCGUGCCUCCUUCCUGUUUGUGUGUGCAAGUCGUGAUGGAAGCUUUGCAGACAGGUUCCCUGAGCAGGGACCUGCCGCCUACAUGCGCCAUGUAGGGUGGGGCGGCACACGGGCAGGGCAGGCUCAGCGUUAGCGCAAAAGGGAGGCGCCACGCCCCGGCUGCUCUGCCAGCCCCACCACCCGAAGGCCGUGCUGCUGCCCACAGGACUUGGCAUGCCAUCCCGACCUCUGACCUCCCUGUCCCGGACAACUCCAGGGCAGGGCCGCUGCAAUGGCGUCUGCCCCAGCCUGCUCAGCCCCUUCUGCCCCAACCUCUGGCCAGAGGACCUCACCCCUGGGCCCUCCCUUCCUCGAGGCCCUGGCCUCCCUCAGUUGCCUGGCCUCCCCUACCAACCUCCCCACUGUUUCUCCCAGAGCCCCUCCCUGUACACACACUCGCACUCACUACCUAGUCACUGUCGGCCUCCCCUGCUGAAGGGUCAGCCCUGUGAGAGCAGGAGUUUUUCCUCUUUGUUCCCUGCUACAUUCCUGGGUCAGUAUCUGCAAAGUCAGUGAAAGACUCAGGGCCUAAGGGUAGGGUAUUUGGGAGGUGGCUGAGAAGCCCCUGCACGAAACCCCCUCACCUGCCCCAGCCCUCUCACCUGCCCCAGCCCUCUCACCUGCCCCAGCCCUCUCACCUGCCCCAGCCGAGGGCUCUGCCUGCAUGGGCGGGUCGGGGAUCAGAACCCGUAAGCCGAGGCCCCCCUGGGGUGGCUCAGUGCUGAUUGGCAGAGCAGAGAGAGGCAGCAGGUGACCAGGGGCGUGCAGGGUGUCCUGGGUGAGACAUGGUCCCUCCCGGUUUUACAAAUACAUUGUGUUCUCUCCGCUUCCCUGAGAAUCCACCUGGAAUCCCGGGAGACUGGCGUGGAAUCACUGCCACUGCUCUGAAGAGCGAAGCCGCCCAGUCACCUGCUUAGAGGUGGCUGGGGCCGGGCCUCCUGCUGGCCUUAGUGGCCCGUCCCCGUCCUCGGGAGCCGCCAGGAGGCAGGGAGCAGGGCACGUGGCUGGACUCCACGUGCGGGCAGAGCCCCCCACCUGCCAGAGCUGACAUGGCCAACACACACCCAAGCGUUUCCACGUGGGUCUGUACGUGUGCUGUGUGUGCGGGUACAUGUGUGUGCAUGUGUGUGUGGAGACCCGAGUCACAGGCAGCGCUGCGGGAGAGGCGAGGGUGGCCGCCAUAUCCUCUGUGAAAUGACAGUAAGAACAGACCCGGCUCGCUGGAGCUGGCCGAGUGUUCCGGCCGUCUGGGGAGGGGAUGGGGGUGGGGGAGCCCCCGCAGCGCACCCGACCCCAGGCCUGAGGGCUCUUGCAGAAGGAGCCGGCUGUGGGUGCGGGAGCCGGCUGAAAGCACAGGGGCCCUCUGACCCGCCCCCCAAGUCCACGCCAGGAACCGCCUGGGACGGGCUGGCCACCACGCCUGCCUGCGGAACACGGCCACAGCAGCCCGCCGUCCACAGACUGGGGCCGGUGAGUCGGGGUGCAACUAGCCAAGGAAGAAACGUGGGGGACGGGAGGGAACUGAAGCCCAACCUCUCACCGCCCAAGCAGACUCGCCUGUGGCUGGUGGCAGCGGGCAGCUCGGGUGGGCGCCAGGGUGGGUUCUCUGCAGCCUCUCACGGCUGGCCCAGUUCUGCGGGAGUCUGUGCUCCUCUUUCAGCAAAAGACAAAAGAGAAGUUGGAUUGUCUGUGGCCAAGUUCUGCUUCCACAUGAGGACAAACAGACCCCACACUCAGCUGAGGACACACAGCCCACCUCAGACGCAGCACAGAGCUCCCCGCAGAAGCCCCCGUGCAGGCAGACACAGGCCACGCACACGCACACGCACACGUCCAUAGCGACCCACAGACAGAGGCACAGGUGCCCUCAGUGCCCACCGCCUGCAGACCUGGGCCUUCCUGACGCGCAGGCACACAUGUGCACACUGGGGCGUCCGCCUGGCUGGGGUCUGUCAGUGACCAGUGACGGCCAGGCCUCCCCUGCACCCUCCCGCCACCUGCUCCAGCGACUGCCUGCAGAGAGCACAGAGCACACCAAGGCCACCAACUUCUGGCCACGAAGCACAGGACAGACUCCAGGCCAAGGAGGGCCCCGCCCAGACACCCAGCUCCGGGCACCUCGCCCGCCCGGGGCACAGCCUUCGGCAGUCCGGGCUCGUGAUGCAGGCUACCGGGCACCCGGAGCCCCUCGAGGACGGGGGUCUCCCCUUCCCUGCCGAGUCGGGCACCGACGUCUCCCGGGACAACGGCACCAGGCCCAACGCCACCCUCCCCGGGCCGCUGCCCGCCCUCUACGUGGCCCUGCCGGUGGUGUACGCCACCAUCUGCGCCGUGGGGCUGGCCAGCAACACGGCCGUCAUCUUCGUGAUCCUGCGGGCGCCCAAGAUGAAGACGGUGACCAACGUGUUCAUCCUGAACCUGGCGGUGGCGGACGGGCUCUUCGCGCUGGUGCUGCCGGCCAACAUCGCGGAGCACCUGCUGCAGCGCUGGCCCUUCGGGGAGCCGCUCUGCAAGCUGGUGCUGACCGCCGACCACUACAACAUCUUCUCCAGCGUCUACUUCCUGGCCGCGAUGAGCCUGGACCGCUACCUGGUGGUGCUGGCCACGGUGCGGUCCCGCCGCGCGCCCUGGCGCACCCGCCGGGCGGCCAAGGUGGCCAGCCUGUGCGUCUGGCUGGGCAUGACGGUGCUGGUCCUGCCCUUCUUCUGCUUCGCCGGCGUCUACAGCAACGAGCUGCAGGUCCCGAGCUGCGGGCUGAGCUUCCCGCCGCCCGAGCGGGCCUGGCUCCAGGCCAGCCGCGUCUACACGCUGGUGCUGGGCUUCCUGGUGCCCGUGUGCACCAUCUGCACGCUCUACGCAGACCUGCUGCGCAGGCUGCGGGCCGUGCGGCUGCGCACGGGCGCCAAGGCUCUGAGCAAGGCCCGGCGGAAGGUGACCGUCCUGGUCCUCGUGGUGCUGGCCGUGUGCCUCCUCUGCUGGACGCCCUUCCACGUGGCCUCCAUCGUGGCCCUGACCACGGACCUGCCCCAGACGUCACUGGUCAUCGGCGUGUCCUACGCCAUCACCGGCCUCAGCUACGCCAACUCCUGCCUCAACCCCUUCCUCUACGCCUUCCUGGACGACGGCUUCCGCAAGAGUUUCCACGCCGUGUUCCGCUGCUGA